GUCUGCUCCCCGGCCGCCCCCCGCCCCCGGGCCGCCUCCCGGGCCCGCCGUCCCCGCUGGCGGGGCCCGGAUAGAAGAUGGUGCCAGCUCCACGGCUUCCUCCGUUCCUUGAAGCCCUUCUGACUUGGAGGUGGUGACCGCUGAGGCCUGAAGCUCACACCCGCCCUGGCGGCCCCUUGGAUCCCUGCGAGGCCCCAUGAUCGCUCGGGGUAGCUGCCUUCCGCCUCAGUCAUGGCCGACGGGGGGACAGGCCCAGGACCCUUUCGAGCUGGCCUUCUCUCUAGACAAGGCCCAUCUUGGGGACUCUGACCACAGCCCGCAGCACGAGACCCGCCCUGGCAUGCCUACCAGCCAGCCCAUCGACAUCCCGGACGCCAAGAAGAGGAGUAAGAAGAAGAAGCGGGGCCGUGCGACCGACAGCUUCUCCGGGAGGUUCGAAGACGUCUACCAGCUGCAGGAGGACGUGCUGGGGGAGGGCGCCCACGCCCGCGUGCAGUCCUGUGUCAACGUCAUUACCGGCCAGGAGUACGCGGUCAAGAUCAUUGAGAAACAGCCGGGCCACAUCCGGAGCAGGGUCUUCCGGGAGGUGGAGAUGCUGUACCAAUGCCAGGGGCACAGGAACGUUCUGGAGCUGAUAGAGUUCUUCGAGGAAGAGGACCGCUUCUACCUGGUGUUUGAGAAGAUGCGGGGAGGCUCCAUCCUGAGCCACAUCCACCAGCGCCGGCACUUCAACGAGCUCGAGGCCAGCGUGGUGGUGCAGGACGUGGCCAGCGCCCUGGACUUCCUGCACAACAAAGGCAUUGCCCACCGGGACUUAAAGCCCGAGAACAUCCUGUGUGAGCACCCCAACCAGGUCUCCCCCGUGAAGAUCUGCGACUUCGACCUGGGCAGCGGCAUCAAACUCAACGGGGACUGCUCGCCCAUCUCCACCCCCGAGCUGCUCACCCCGUGCGGCUCGGCCGAGUACAUGGCCCCCGAGGUGGUGGAGGCCUUCAGCGAGGAAGCCAGCAUCUACGACAAGCGCUGCGACCUGUGGAGCCUGGGCGUCAUCCUGUACAUCCUGCUCAGCGGCUACCCGCCCUUCGUGGGCCGCUGUGGCAGCGACUGCGGCUGGGACCGCGGCGAGGCCUGCCCUGCCUGCCAGAACAUGCUGUUUGAGAGCAUCCAGGAGGGCAAGUACGAGUUCCCGGACAAGGACUGGGCCCACAUCUCCUUCGCCGCCAAAGACCUCAUCUCCAGGCUGCUCGUGCGUGAUGCCAAGCAGCGGUUGAGUGCCGCCCAAGUCCUGCAGCACCCCUGGGUGCAGGGGUGUGCCCCGGACAACACGCUGCCCACGCCCAGGGUCCUGCAAAGGAACAGCUGUGCCAAAGACCUCACGUCCUUCGCAGCCGAGGCCAUCGCCGUGAACCGGCAGCUGGCCCAGCGCGAGGAGGACGCGGCCAGCGAAGAGGCUGCGGGCCAGGCCCCGCCGGUCCUCAUCCGAGCUACCUCACGCUGCCUGCAGCUGUCCCCGCCCUCCGAGUCCAAGCUGGCCCAGCGGCGGCAGAGGGCCAGCCCGGCUGCCUCCCCCGUGGUCCUCGUGGGUGACCGCGGGUGACUGCACGCCCUCCACAUCCUGUAUAUAGACUGCCCCUGCACCCGGGCUCGCCUUGGGUGGGAGUUAGAGGUUUUUUGCUGUUGGUUCCCCCUUUUAAUCCAUCUACCCCCUCCCCUCGCCGCCCAGCCCCCUCCCUGUUUUAUUUUCCUUUCUGGCCACAGGGCCAAGGGCACGGGGCCGGGCAGGUGCACCCCUGCCCCACCCACUGUACUGUGAAGGGCCCUGUGGCCGCGCUGGGCUCGGACCCAUGUCCGGCCUCGUCCCCAGAGCGGGGGCCUCAGGGUUUCGGGGAUGCCCAGGAGCCUGGGCAGGGGCAGCGCGCCCCCCUGGCUGCCCGCCUUGUCCCCUGGAAAGUUGACAAUCGGGGCUUGCUUGGAUCCUGACCUCAAGCUGCAGCUGACCUUGGGGGACACACCCAGCUGCCCACCUGCCCCCGGCCCCGCCAGGGCCUGCUUCUCAGCUUCCUCCCCAGCCAGGGGCCGGAUGGUCGCGGUCAGCCACCACGGGGGCCUGAGUGCCCACCCUCAGGGCUCAGGCUGACACGGCCGUGUCCUGCCCUGCGCUGCCCUGCACAGCCCCCCGGCCUGGGUGGCACCCGCACGCCGCUCCCUCCGGCCACGACAUCUAUGCAAAGCCGUGCUUCCGCGGAGCCCCGGCCCCGCCCGCCGUGUUUAGUUAGUUUUUCUACAAAACAAAAAAAAACCAACAAAACAUGAGUCGGCUUCGUGUCCCUCUUCUCCAAUACUUGAAUGUCCGGGGGCGGGCAGGGGGCUGGUCGCCGACCCGGGCCCUGCGCCUCCCUCCCUGCCCCCCAAGCCUGGCAGCCGUGGGCGCUGCCGCCAGCCGGGCCUUUCCAAAGACCCCCCCACACACACCCGAGGUGGGCAGGGGAUCGGGCGGCAGCGCGGGACCCAAGCACUUUACCACGCUGAGCCGGCCAGCAGCAGCGCGUGCGCCAGGGUUUUGUAUUCUGUUUUGUAAGAUUUAAUAAAAAUCAUGAAAACCUG